AUGGAGGAGGGGUCAAGAACAACAAUGUUUUUAAGCAGCUGUAGGAAGAACUUGGUGGUGCAGUUCCUACUGAAGCACAGCAUCGAUGGAGUGCUCACAAGAGGGGCAGUUAUGGAGGCAGCAGAGGAGUACGGCAUUAGCAGGAAGACAGUUUACAGGCUCUGGAACAAAGCAAAACAGCAGAUGCAAAGGGGGGAACCUGCAAUCAUGGAAGGCAAGGUUAAAGGCUAUCAUCAUUCUGAUAAAUUCAGUCUAGAUGAAGAAAAGGUAAGAGCUUUAUCCACACUUGAAAGGUCUUCAAUAAGGAAAAUGGCUCACAAAUUGUCUGUUAGCAAAAGCACAUUAGGCCAGUGGAUUAAGGAGGCCAAAUUAAGGCCACAUACAAAUGCUAUCAAACCUGCCUUAACUGAUGCAAAUAAGUUAGCUAGGUUGAAGUGGUGCCUUAGUAAACUUGAGCCACAUAUAAAUGCAUGUAGAGUUCAGUUUGAAAGCAUGCACAAUGUUGUGCAUAAUGAUGAAAAAUGGUUCUAUAUGACCAAGACAUCAGACAGGUAUUACCUCCUGCCUGAUGAGGUUGAGCCAUAUAGGGCAUGCAAGUCAAAGAGGUUCAUCACCAAAGUCAUGUUCAUGUGUGCUGUAACACAAAGGAAAUCCAAGAAUAGGGCUAAAGGCACACUUGAGACUAAACCAAUUUCUUCAGUGAACAAGAGUGUGAUGAGGGACUGCAUUAUCAACAGGAUUGUACCAGCAAUUAAGGCCAAGUGGCCUGAGUGGGCAAGCAAAGAGAUCUAUAUCCAGCAAGACAAUGCCACACCCCACAUAAAUGGUGUGGAUGCUGAAUUUGAGGCUGCUUGCCUCACAGAGAUCAUGGUAUUUAGGGGUGGGAAUAAUUACAAGGUCCCUCACAUUAACAAGGCCAGGUCGGAAAGAACUGUUGGACUGCCCAAUGCACUGGAUGUAGAUGAAGAUCUUGUGAGAGAUGUGUUGGAGUACUUACAGCAACCAGAGAACAAUGCUGGUUGUGGAUAUGACAUUAUGGCUUUGGCUAAUGCUUUUGGCUUCUAG